UACGAGGUCGCAAACGAUUUCAUAAAUUUUCUCGUUCUUACCUCGUUACAAAACCUGGUGCGCUAUCAAAGGGAUACGUGCGAAGAAAACGCCUAAGAAGAAAUAUUAUGAAACCUCGAGCUUAAAAAAAUAAAACGAGUCUUCCGUACAGUUUAUAUGCGAAAAGAAUGAAAAAAGGAUUUUAUUUUGAAAAAUAUUUCGUAGUAAAAUCUUCCCUUAUAAACAUCUCAGAUCAACAAGUUAAUAUUAGAAACUCUUGGUGAAUUGAAAAAAUUCCAAACAGACGUUUUCACUUUAUUUAUUCACAAACGGAACUAUUAUUUUUGAUAUUCCCGGCGUAUCUUGGUACCUUUUUAGCAUCGCGCCUCGAUCGGCAGGAAAAUCUUUCGCCUCGCGUGUCGAGGCAUCCGCGGCACUUUCUGCAAAUUCGCGCUCAUCGAUCAUCGCGGUCAAUUGGCCGUGAAGGUGUCUGUUAACGUAAUUCGCUCAUGAAGACACCGCGUCGUCAUGAAGACGACGACGAAGAGUAAUCCGUUCGAAAUGCAGUGGUGGGCAUCGAAGCGCCUCUCGUUGGAAUUGAAAGUGGCCCAUUACGUUCGUUUAGUCUCGCUUCUUCAGUAUUGUUACGAUAUAAACAGGCGUCCCUUCAAUAGAAAGAAAAAAAUGAUCGCUCAUAAAGUAAUCACGUGAUGAAGGCACCCGUGAAGCAUCUGCCCUGUCGAAGUCCAUGAUCUCAAAUCUAUUCCGCUACGUCGCAUCGUCUUAUUUCACUUUUACAAACAUACAUUUAAUAUUUUAAUAAAACUUCGAAAUAACUUUCUUUAAAAGGUAAAAAUAUAAAAAAUGUACAUAGUGCUGCGCGUAUCUUAUCUGUAUUGCUGCAAAAUAAAGUUAAUUUAUAUCACAUACCGGGGCCUAUGUUAUAUAACAACAGAUUUAAUACACAAUUAAAUAGCUCUAAAAAAAGUACAUGAGUUUCGAAAAAUUUCUUUUUUUUUACUCUUAGUAUCUUCCUGCGCUUCCAAAACCCUAUCUUAAGGUUUUAGUUAAUGUGAAUUUUUUCUUCAAACCUCUCUUCUAAAUUAGCUCUCACUACGCGAAGAUAAAAGAACGGACGGCCCAGAACGAUCGACUGUUUGUCUUUCAAAUCCCGCAGAGAGAUUCUUAAACCAUCAAAAAUGUGGAGCUCGUCGAGACGCGAAGUAGCAUGUAAGAAUAUAUGAAUGAAUCAUCUGUUUUUUCCUAAAGGUCGAAAUGGAUCCCUUUCGAGUCCCGAGUGCUCUCAAGUGAUAUCACUUUUUCUCUUCCUCAUUCCAAAUCCAUUUACGAAUUGGUAAUUUAUUCCGGCUUAAUCUGUUCCCCAUUUAUUCCCCAUCUCGAAUGCCACAGAGCUGUGACUUUGAGUAGAGUUUUGGAAAAGGCGACCUUGGUCAUGAACGCGUCUGCGCCUUUCGACGGCCGGCCGAGCCGGCUGACAGGAUGCGCCAAAGGCCGAUCGAUAGGAGGGAUGCAAGAGACUCUCUUUCGUGCAACGCGAGCAUCUCAUUCCGUCUCCACGCUUUCGCGUUCCCCUCGUUCUCGCGUGUCACGUUUUCUCGCCGCUCUCAUUAGGGCCGCAUCAUCCUCCGAUCGCGAGACACGCGAUCGUGUGUCGUCCCCUCGCCGUUCUCGCCCGCGAUGCGAUUUUCCACGAGACAGUUCGUUGUCUCGCGCGUGGAACGAGCGAUCAGCUGCUGAAUAUCGCUGCGCCAGUAUCCGUUCGUUGCUCGCCGCUCCAAAUUCACAUUUUCAUUUCUAUCCCGUGAAAACUCUCGACGAGUAUAGGGUAAUGUUACGGAGGAGAGACCUUCUAGCUCAGUUGAUCUAGAGAAGCCGCAGGCGAAACAUCGUGUGAGAAUGUUAAGUACAUUAAAAUAUACUUGACACUCGAGGAUACAAUACUAUCGUUUUCCGAUCCGUCUGUAGUUAGAAUUCCUUCGGGAAUUCAUGAUAUGAUCAAGAACGCAACAAGGCUGUUUAUGGAGACUCGACCAUUUCCAUGAAGUGGACCCGGCCAAGUUUUGAAGAUCUAAAGCUCUCACGUUGCUCUUUGGAAUUAACAAUGUUUACGCGCACUUUUAAUGUAUUUACAUUGCAAGACCGCGAUUGUUCCAAAUGCAUGAAAUACGUGCCGGAAUUUAACUUGAUGACCUCAGGUAAUCAGAAAAUACAUCAUAUUCGCAGGCAAAUUUAAUAGCAGAGACUACAUUAUUCGAACAAAAAGUUAUCGAAACGUUCAAUAUAAUUAUGUAAAUUAUAUUUUGCAGAAUAAUAUUGGUGCUGAAGCGAAUUUAUUGUGAUUUUUUUAAGAAAUUUGAUUGACAAAAUAUUGAAAUAAUUGGAUUGAUAACAGCUAUUACAUAUGUUCGGGAAAAUAAAGAAAUACAAGCAAAAUUUUCAGCUGCAGGCAUAAAUUAAAAUGACUCUUCGUUUAAGAUGUGUCAAUAAAGCUUCGAAUUUUUAUUUAUAAAUGUUGUUAUCGCGAUAUCAAAAUGUCAUUUCUAUAUAUAAAUCAAAAUAAUAAUACCUAUAUCCUUUUUUUGAAUAAGUGAAGUUAAUGAUUUCGUUAAAAAAUGCGUAAAUACUCAAUCAGUUUUUGCGCUUGCUGGAAAUAGAAUAACCCAUGUUUUAGAUCGUUGCACGGGAAUUAUAAAUACCGGAAAAUCGAUUAUAUGAGAAUAAAAUACGAGACAGUAAUAUAUGCCCCGAGAUCUAAUCUGAAAUUCAUUCUAUUACUCAGCUCGCUUUCGAAAGGAACAAAACAACUCCCAUUUGUGUCUUAUGUAGCAACCGGGUGAGCCAAAUGACCAAGACCUAUAAUGACAUAGAGGCAGUUACAAGGCUUCUGGAGGAGAAAGAAAAAGACUUGGAGCUGACUGCGCGAAUCGGCAAGGAACUACUGGCACACAAUCAAAAGCUCGAGACCACAGUGAACGCGUUAGAAGCCGAGCUCAAAGAAGCGAACGAAAAGAUCACCCAGUUGAACCAUGAGGUGUUGAAGAAGACCGAGCUGAUACAGAUACUAACGAACGAUGUGGACGAAUCUAGCUCGGAAGCCGGAACUCCCACCGGCCUGCGCGGCAUUAAUCUGGAGAUAUUACAGAGGAAGGUUACCUCUUUGGAAGAAGAGAAUAAGCAGCUCCACAGCGAGGUCGCGAAUCUGGUGCACGAUGCCGACGAUUCCGAAGAACAGGAGGCACGUCUUGUAAAAGAUAUCGCAGCGCAAUUAGCAAACGCCAACAUGGAGGUGGAUGGCAUAGCGGAGGAGCUUGGCCGACAAAAGGAGGAGAAUCGAUUGCAACAUGAGCAAAUAAUUAGUCUUACUGCGAAAUUAGCUGAGACAGAGCUUAGGCUCGCUCAGCUGAUGGCGGAGCACGACGAAGUGGGAGCGACUCUAGUCAUAACUAGGGAUAAUCAAAAUACACUUGCUGCUGAAUUAGCUGAAUUUAAAGAACGAUACGCGGAGGUGGUGAACUUACUAGCCGAAACGCAAGAUCAGUUGCGGAAACAGAGGAAACGCGGAAUGCCGACUGUGCGCGGUGGAUCGCUAUUCCCGUCGAUGGGCGCGGCGCCUCAACCGGAUUCUAUCGCAUCGGAAUUGGAAUCGUCCCUUUAUUCGGAAUUAAGUAUUGACUCUGGGAUCGGUGCAGGCGACAGAAUACCAACCUACAAGAAAGUGUUUGAGACCGUUCGUACCGCGUCUCGAACAACAUAUUCAGGAAUGGAUCCCAAUCAGUUUCCUAGAUUAAAUUCCAUGACGACGUCGACAUUAUCCAGCAGUUCAGUUGGUCCGCGGAUGAGUUGUGGGCAGGUGCGACCGCAGGCAUCUACAUUUCCCAGUUUGGAUUCUACCGGUCACAGUGAGAACGAAGGAUCCUUGCUCAUGGAGACGGAAGAUUACCCAGGGCCACAACGAAUGGGCGUACCUGGUGCUCCCGGUGCUGCUGAUCUAGAAGCCGCUAUACGCCGUUUAACGCCCGCGGAAGUAUUGGCGAGGCGUGCGUGUCUCAGUACAGGCGCCGGUUACAGUUACGAUUACGAUGGUGGUAUAUUACAUUCCCCGCCAACCUUCUUGCCUUUUGACUGUCGCACUCCGGACAGCAUCAUGUCGACUGGUAGCAGCGGUAAUCUGAGCGGCUUCAGCGGCAACAGCGGCAACGCUUGGCGCAUCCCGCAGAAACUGCAGAUAGUCAAACCGAUGGAGGGCUCGCAGACGUUGCACCAUUGGUCGCGACUGGCGACGCCGACAUUAGGUGGAUUGCUGGAGGACAGACCAGGCGUAAAGACCAGAGGCGGUCGUGCUCUCGAGGAUCUCGGUCUGAUAACGUUUGCGUUGAGCGAUUUGGAGGAAGAUGAGGAGUACACUAACCCCGGUAAACCGUUCCAAGACACCGGCUCCAUUUACACCUUUACUAACAGCACCGUAAUGCAUCCGGAUGAUCACACCAUUAGCAGCGUGACGCCGAGCAUCGUUAGCAGUCGCGUUGCCUCGGCGCCCAACAGCGGUAUGAACUCCGGUAUGAGCACCCCUCGCACGCACAGCCGUCGUAAUUCAACGUCAACGUUUUCGACCACCCUCGGAUUGGCCAAGAUGCUGAACGAAAGAGGAAUCAAGGCCGUCACACCCUCGUGCAUAGGCACGCCUACCGACGAGCGGAAUUUCUCACCGACUGCUACACCGUGCAACAGUCCGGACGCGAGUUUGUCACCUACAAGAUCAUCGUCACCGCCACCGGAGAAUGCCGCCUCGCUGACAUUGGGACUGCUCAGCACCGGGGCGGAAUUACUGCGGCGUACUUUUAGUUACGAGCCACCGGCGCCGGUGCAAGUUACGAAGAAGAGACCAAAAUCGACGAUCUCGCGCUCCGAUAAGAAAGCUCUCACGGGGAUACGUCUGGUGGAGAAAUUGGAGAGGAUUGGUAUUGAUACGAUCAUAGCCACUACAGUUAGCUCGUCGAUCUCACCGUUAGCUCUACAGGGUGCUUUGUACACGCGUCGUUCGACUGGAAGUCCAAUGGCACAAUUGACUUUCCUCAAAACUUCAAUGUCCUCCAGUACCAGCCAAGAGAAGUUAAUAUCUCCCUCGUCUUCAACAUCCUCCGCUAGUGACGAAUUUGCGUUGGGCAAACGGGAUGAUAGCAAGGAGCCCGAACCAAACGUGUCCGGUUCCAAAGCAUUUAAUUCGAGAGCGGCGGGUCAGUCGCCGGAUCGGCAGCGACGAUCGGGUGCUAGAGCGACGAGGCCCGAUCUGGGACGAGUUAAGCCGCCAGUUCCGACGCCUGUAACUAAAGAAUCCAAACAGUCGGCAUUGGGAGCAAUAAGCUCGCUUCUUUUUGGUCGUAAAGGUGGCUUACUGUGAAUAUUUUGUAGUCUAUAAUGCGAUAGCGGACGAAUUAAUCAAUUCCAGCAAAUUAUUUUUUAACGUAUUCGCAGAGAAAGAGAGCUCGUUUUUUUUUUAUUACCAGGAAAUCUUGGUUCAUGCGGCAUUACUUGAGUACACGAUAUGCUUCUGUCGUCAGUAUUAUUGAUUGUCUAUAUUUUGACGUAUUCGUUGAUUUAUAUACAGCAAUUUUCAAAUCUCUAACGUGGUGAAUCGUUGUAAAUAAUCAUGAUGGUGUAAACAUUAAUAAGAUACACAAAUCAGGUUGCUAAAUACUUUAUAUAAUAAACAUUGUAUCUUAAGUUUUUAUCCUAAAGAUGAAUGAAAAGUGAGAGAGACAAAUAUAGAAGGGCGGAAUAUACUCUGUACAGUGAAAAUGCACGAAAUCAUUAUACAUUUUAAAUUUUAUUUUAAAAUCUAUAAUGAAUUAAGAACAGGAAAGGUAUAGAAGGUUGGAUUUUUGAUAGUUUGUGAUAAAUGAAGAGAAAUAUGUAAAUUAUUAACUAAAAAAAUGUAAAGAUAAAGAUUAUUUUAUCUUGUGAUUGUAUCAAGAUCUUCGACUAUAUGUAUCUAUGGACUGCUAGUCGUAAUAUUUAUGCAUUAUAUUGGUAGAUGCAAAAAUUUAAGAAUCCAGAUAUAUACAAUUGGUGACGUAAUUUAUAAGAUUCGUUACGUUACAAAAAAUUGCAAUUGUAUAUAAAAGUCUAUAUAAACUUUUCUUAUUUAAUAAAUUUUUUUAUAAGUAAUUUUUUAAAGAUCAAAAGAAAUUGAUAAUGUAUUCAAAUAUUGUUUUUGUAAAAGGAUAUGAUAUAUUCACGGAUACAUUAGUACAUAUGAAAACUAUAAGGAACUGCCAAACUGUAAGAAGCUGCAUUUUAGUCCAUCUAGUUUUAGUUACUUUAUAUUUAGUCUUUAUUUUAUUUAUAUAUUUAUUUAUAGUAGAUAAAUAUUUAAAUUUUUCGCGCAGAUUUAAUAAAUUAAACAAUCUUUACACUUGGGAACACUCAAUAUUAUAAGAUAUACAAAUCGUUUAGUGCAGUCCAUAUUCUUAUAUAGUUAAAGAUUGAAGUAUAUUUCCAACGAUACGAAAGACAGAAACAGGAAAAACAACUUAAGGAAGCUAUAAUAGGCAGGAUAGUAAAUGAAAAAUUAAUAUCGUGUAUUCGAAAUUUGUAGUUAAUGACUGGAGAAUAAGUUAUUAUUACCAGUGCAAUAUAAACGACUAGUAAUACAAAGGGCAGGGAGAACGCUGAGAAUGGUGCAUCGUACUAUAAUGCAUUAUAUUAUGUAAUUUAGCACAAAAUCAAAUUUUGGUGCUGAUUCAUUUUCUUUAGCGUACGCCUGGUGACGACGAGUAGUCGUAGCAACAUCGUCAAUGCUAUUGUCAGUCUUUGCACGCGGAAGAUUGUGCAUUUAGCACAAUUGAUGAUUUAUAAAUAUGUACUGUACAUAGUUGAAUGAAAUGCAGCGGGGCGGUAAAGCGCCUCACAUUAUUAUAUUUUUUUUUCUUUUUCUUUCCUUAGCGAUUUCUUUCGCGUAACUGAAUAAUUUAUUGCAACUUCGUUUCCUGCAAGUGGGUCUGAGUUUUACAUAAGAGGACAUGUAAUGUAUUAUAUAGAGAAGAGUGUUUAGCUCGACGCAGCCUUGUACAUAGACGUACAAAUUAAUAAAUUAAAUUGGAAAAUAAUAAGCUGUGUCGCUGUCCUACCUCGUUUGCAUUUCCGCCGACAUCUCCCCUACAUUGUUCUUCUAAUCAUUCGAGCGGCCUAGAAGCUAGCCGGAAGGAAAUCGCAGCGGAAUGGUUGCGAUAUGUAUUGUAAAUAGAACGAUACUGACGAAACGAUCGUGGAAAUGUCAUGUUUCGUUGCAACUUACGCUUCGUACCAAUCUCCGAGGGAUGCAGUAUCAAACGUGUGGAGCGAGAAACUUCGACGAAACGUAGCAUUUGUUCCGCGAUGAUUAUUCCUAUGAAAUAUGUCCGAGAAACUAUUCCGAAGAAAUUUCCGAGAAUUUUGUUUCUAUCCCGAAAAAUGAGUUGUAUAUUCUACAUGAUGAAAAUUAAUAUCCGUAUGAAGGGCAUUUAGACUGUGUUAAAAAUGCAUUUAGAUAGAAUGUAGAUUUCUCUUGAAUAAAGAGCAUAAUAUCAUAUCCUCGGUGUUGUAGCAUAUUAUUAAGGCUCAAACGUGUUAGUAUAAUUGUAUAAAAUCAAGUGAAAAGAAUGCGUAACAAUUCAACGGAAUGAAUAAUGGAAAACAUUUUGACAUAAAAACUGAUGAAAUCGAUAAAGAAUACGCAUUACGCAAAAUAAGAUAAAAUAAAGAUAAAAAAUGUAUAAUGUGAAAAUAAAAAGUUUACUGCAUAAUUUAUUCAAGAGAUUUUACACAAUUAGAUUAUCCGAGUAAAUCAGCUUUACAUUCAGUUUUCACAGUAAACGAAAGGAAAACAUUUUUGUGUCACAAAUCAAUAGAUAGAUUAAUUUUCUUGGUUACGAUUGAAGAACACUUGGCAAAUAUUACGCGAUAAAAUCAAAUGAAAAUACGACCAUUUAACGGAAUUAACAAAUAUAUUCGGGCAUAGAUUUGCUAAUUUUCUAUGCAAACUGAUAGAACCUAAACCUAUAUAGAGAGCAUACAAGGUAUAAAAGAUAAAUAUAAAAUAUGAAAACAGAAUUUUCUGCGUAAUUCGUUCAAGAGAUUUUACAAUCUGUACAUUUUAGAUUAUCCAUUUUGAAUUACCCGUACAAAUUUCAGUUUUCAUAGUAAAUGAGAAGAAACACGAUUAUAAAUUGUUUGAAGAUCUGCAUUACAUCGACGAGCAAUAUUUCCCCGAAGAAUGUAAUUGUUACGUAACUAAGAGUAAGCCUAGGAGUCGUGUAUUACUAUGUGAUUCUGUUCACUAAUGUCUGUUAGAUAAAUGUUGAGAUUGAGAUUGAGGCCUUAGUAAGCGUAAAAUUUUCGUUUGAUGUUCGAGAUUUUAUUUUAGAUUGGUGAUACUUUUAUGCUGGCACGUGUACUUGAAUUUCAUAUGCUUUUCAUCAGCCAAUGCGACGAUUCGCCAUGGAUUGUUUGAUCAGACACACAUUUACAGCAAGCGUGUCUAUAGCAAGCCCGUUGCCGAAGGUGCUAUGUAAUCAUUUUAGAUUUAUAGGAAGAAUAGAGAUUGUCAUAUCUCCAAAUUGAACAAUAAAUAUAUUUAAAUAUUAA